AUGUCAGAAAUCUCUCCUGAACCUGUGGAAGUUGUGGAGAAAACCGCCGGAGGUGUGGAAGGGAUGGAGGAAUGUACGAAUACCGAGGAUCCAACUACGAAAUAUUCGAAGAAGUAUGUUGAGGAAUAUGGAGAUUUUACGAUUAUAUCUUCUGACGGCGUUGCGUUUUCUGUACAUACUUAUAUGCUACAAGCUCAUAGUAAAACCCUCCGCGAUCUCAUCGCCUCCCCUUCAUCCCGUAAACGAACUCAUGAAGGUGAUCCAAAAACCUUAGAAAUAGAAUUAACAGAUGAAGAAUUCGAAGAUUCCGAUACACUCAACUGGUUUUUCGAUAUAAUCUACGGACAAAGACUUCAAACUCAUUAUCCUGAAUUCAUCUACGAUACCAUCGAUUGUCUCCCAGCUCGAUUAUUUCGUCUCGCCAACAAAUAUGAUUGUCAAAUCGUAAUGGAAACUCUCAGUUCACAUUUCGUUCGUUGUGCCAUUCAAGGGAUAGAAGGUUGUUGUCCACUUAUCAUGUUUAUUCUCGCGGCUCAAUUGGAAAUGCCAAUUUUAUGUUCGGCAAUAUUGAGAGGACCCUUAAGGAAGUUAGUAUGGAAGAAUGAUCAACCUAGAGGAGUACAAGGUGCUUAUAAGUUACAUCCCGCCGCAAUGCCUUGGGAUCACUUCAAAUUGUUACCUACACCAUACCAUUUUUAUCUUCAAAGGGCUUUGAUCGACUCAUCCGCUACACCUUCAGCUCCUUUUGUUCCCACCAAUCAUCCAGCGGGAGCAUUCAAUUUACAACCGGGUUCACGAGCUCCGACACCUUCAUCUACACCAAAUCCUGUACAAGUGCAUGCUCAUUGGGAUAAGGCGGUUAAGAUUUUUGAAGGUGCGACAAAGAUUCAAGGUCAGAUACCGAUUGAUAUUCCUACAAAUUUGUAUACUGUACCUAUUCCUGGGUCUAUGUGA